AAUAUUGGAUGGCACAAUCAAAGAGAACAGACCCUCCCAUUAGCAAUUUUUAUAGGUAUAUUAAUGUGUAGCAGCGUCAAAAAUUUGUAUUAUUGGGAAAAUUAAUAAAAAAUAUAUAAGUUUUUCUUAGUAACAUAACAAUGUCAACACGAUGGUAUCCACUAUAUCAGAAAGGUAAUCCACAAUUGAGAAUAUUUCUGCCUAAUUUUUGGAUGAAACUGAUUGCCGCUAAAGAAAAGCAGCCACCAAAUGUUGUGCAGUUCCAUUGUUCUAUGGAAAUGACAAAAUAUGAUAUAAAAAAUUAUUUAGAAAAAAUUUAUAAUGUUAAAGUUAUGCAUGUGAGAACAAGAAUAGCUCUUGGAAAAACUAGGAAAAAUCAUAAUCAGAGUGGUGCUAUUAUUAAAGAAGAUGACAUGAAAUUAGCCUAUGUUAUACUGCCAAAAGAUCAGUCUUUUGUAUUCCCUAAGUUAUUCCAAGAUGUAAAAAGUGAUGUUGACGACAAGAGUAUAAAUGAAGCUCAGAAGGACUUAAAGGACUUUUUAGAAACUAGUAAGGCACCUGGUAUGCCUGCUUGGUUUAGAAUUUAAAAUAUAUUGUUAUAAAAUAUUUAAAGAUCUAAUGUUAAAGAUAUAAAAGAUUAGAUAUAA